UCUCAUGUCAGAUUUUUUUUUUCUAAAAUUCAAAGAGUAAAACGUAAAUUCUUACGAAAGAGGAACAUCAUGAGACUAUUUUUAUUUCGAUUUGUUUUUAUAUCUUACUUUAUUAUUUCGGUCUAUUCUUUUUUUAUUCAAGAAUUAUCAUAUGUUUCUCUCGUUCCGUGUUUUCUUCGGUUUAUCUCUCCUCAGAAGAGAUAUCGCAAAGUCACAAACAACUCGAUGUCGCGGCGUAACGCGUUGCGGACUUCGCUGCUUUCUUUUCGUCGCUAAAUCGGACGAGGCGAUUUCGCUGUAGCAGCAGCAGACUGCGCGACGUGUGUUAUUCUAGCUCGAACACGGCGGCGACGAGCGCGCGGUGCCUUAAGUAACGCAAAAACGCGAGCGAGCGCUCUGUCCGUGAAACUUUAUCCAACUUCUGUUGUAAGUAGCUUCUAAGCGACGUACCUUUCUUCCGUGGGGGCGUUCAUAAACCCCGCGAGUGCUAUAAAUCGAUUUUUCCCCGGGGAGGAUAAGCCGUUACCCCCUUCCAUCUCCGCGUCUCCCUCCCUUCAACCCUUUCCGCCCUCUCUUUUCUUCUCGCAAGCGCGAAUGUGUCGACGCUAAUAACGAGAUCUUUAGUGCUUCCUCCAUUUCUCUUUUUCUACGCGUGUCGCUUUUCCUCGUAACUCGUUCGCAUAAUGAAUAAUAAUAUUACGGUAUGAUGGUUCGUUCAACGAUCGCAGCGAUGCUUCUGGCGAUGUAACAGCGUCGUGUCGUUAUCUCGCGAGAAGAUUAUUGCUUUAUCGCGUUCCGACGCGAUGAAACACGUCUCUCUUAUCGACAUGCGGCUAUAAAAUUUGCUAUGACAAAUAAGUUUGAUUUUUUGCGACAACCUAUUGCGAAUGUUGUACAAAUUUAUUUUUCUCCAAAUUGCAUUUAUUAACAUAUAAAAGAUAUGUGUAUGCAUCAUGAAUUUAUUAUACUACAUUGUUCGCCAAUUUUUAUGUUUGACUUCAGUUAUAAUCGAUCUUACAGCGCAAAUAUCAAUCUGUAACGAUACUAACAAUUAUAUCUUGUUGCUUUCCUUCUAGUUCGUUUAUACUUUUGAUAUUUUCUUUAUAGUCUACCCGAUUAAUUGAUUGAAAAAUAAAUAACCGACGAAGCGCACUGUUUAUUCGACAUAUAAGCGUAAUUUGCAUGCGUAACGACGCCACGCAUCGACGUAAAAAUCGCGUCGUCCCGACGCGCGCGUCAUUAAAAGAACAGACAUCCAGAAAAGGCCGGAAUUUAACGAGCUCCUCGCAAGGAUACGCGUCUGGAUGCAAUUCGCUCUCGCGUCUCUCUCCUCUCUUUCGCUCUUCCUCUCUAUCCCUCUACGGGGCACACUCACGCCGAGCACUCGUAACGAGGCUCAUUUGGUGGCGCGUGCGCGGCCAAUGGCGCAGCGGGAUGGUGGCCGAGACCAUGCCCAGCGGCCAAUAGCACCAAGCAUCACGCAGCUGUCAGCGUGGCCACGCCUUUCGCCAAUUUGCAUCGUGCCGCGCAUGACGCACUCGGUUUCUCCUCGUCGGCACGCCGCAUCGCCAGUCCCUUCUGGUGCGCGCGUGAGGAGAGUGUUUCUCUCUCGCGCGGCUGCGAGAGAGACAGAACGGCCCAUUGAUCCGCCGCUCCGAGGCUGCUGCUGCACUGCUCCUUCAGUGAUCUGGAUCACGAUCGCCGAACCGGAAUCACUCUGAGAGACAAUCUGGUGCGCGUUGAUUGAAGUCAUUUUGGGAACAGCGAGGAUCGCGAAACUCGCGACUGAUUUCUCGAGCCGGUGUGUGCUUUUCGGUGAUAAACAUCUCGGGACUUUAUCUCUCUCUUAUCCGGCACACGGCGUCUCGACGUCGAGUAAAUCAGUCGAAGGAAUCUGGGUGGAAUUUUCCAUCGCGCCGUUCUACGCGAAGGCGCGAUCGAGCUUUCUUCGAGGAUUGUCCGAAGCGGAAACGAGAAUAGGCUAUUAAAUCUUCAGCUCGCGCUGCGACGUCAUCUAGUGAACAGAUCAGUGCGGUGAUGACUUUUUGGGACACCUGGUGCGGCUUGAUGAGAGAAAGUGAAAAUUCGGCGACUCUCUGAAGAUCCUGCUCCGCCAUCUCCGUCAUUCUAUCGGAAAGUUUCGAAGAGAAUUUGAAGGUGAAAACGAUUCUAGUGACAUUUUCCAAGUGAGCGUCGCGACGAGAGGCGUCGAUGGGGUUCAAGGAGAGCGAGGGAGACGCUCGUUAAGGCGCCUCUAAGAAUAGCGGCGCGCUCGCGAGUGUACCAAGCGGUCUAUAAAUACGAUCUCUGGCCCCGUGGAAACACGAGCCCGUGGAUCUCACGGUGCAACCUGUGUGCCGAUAGUGCGAGCGAAAGCGAGAAAGAGCCAGCGAAUCGGUGGAAACAGCGCUGGAAUCCGCGAUCCGAUUCGCGAGCUGCGCGAGUCAAUUUGGCGAAAGUGUCCGCGAAAGGAGAGAUUUGACUGCUGCGCGAGUUCGAGAAGAAUUUCGGAAGAUUCUCAGCUGAUCGAGUCCAGACGAGAAAAGAAGAUCAACGGAAGCAAAGCAAACAUCAUCGCCCCCUCCCUCCUCCCCGAGUGAUUUAAUCUUCCGCCUGGAAUCUCCGUUUUUCUCUCCAAGAUCGCCGAAAGUUAUAUUACGUCAGCGAAUUCCGGCAAGAGUCCAGUCGAAAUCGUACGAGAAGCAUCCGCAAAGAAUCCAGCUGGAAUCGCGAUUCGUUGCUGAAUUCAAGGUGUAAUUAGUGUUGGAUGAAGUUGCGUCAGUGAAAGCAUGUGUGUGCCGGAAAAACAUAGACAUCCGCAGCUUUAGAUCUCGGCUUACCGUCGGCUGGAAGCUGAGCGCAAGACCGAACUCUGGAAGAACUCGUUCUGCACCAUCGAGGACUUUUCUCUAUUCGCGACGUUCUCCUCAUCGGCUACUGUGAUCCAGAAAUAUCGCACGCUGUGAUCCAGGAAUUUCGGCGUGUUAUCAGUAGAGUUUUUACGAUCGGAUGACAAUCAGCGGGGAUCGAACCGUCGAAUGCGAACAUCCGUGUGCAACGUUGCGAACGAAUGAGUACCGAUGCCUUGGACGGAAAUACGAUCGCUUCGACACCAGCACUCGCGAUUGAUCAAACAUGUAGAACUUCGCAGUUCUCCUCCGUUUCGAGUUAUACAGUGUAACAUUUACGAAUGUACAUACACAAUUGUUUGAAUUUGUUUGACAUGGUUUAAUUAACAAUUUUCGAGCUAACAAAUGACGUUUGAACCGCACGAAGAGCUACCGAGUGUACAUAGAAGUGAAAAAAACACUAUUUUGCGCGUAACGUUAAUUAAAACGUUAAUUAAAAGUUAUCACGUAUAUUAAACUGGUAAUUAGCUUCGGCAAACGACGCAAUAACCAUUAAUAACUAUUAACUCAUUAUUUAAGUGAGACAUUUUUAUUGCACGUGAUUUCACAUGGACUUACAUCGUGUGUGUUCUCCAUCUUCGUCUGAGAUAGCGCGACGCGCUUUUUAGACUGUCAUCUUCAAGCAGCCCUUAAAAGAGAGAUUUACUCAACUGAAGCUCGUGUCACUUGACAUCGCGAUACCAGAGAGACACUUUCUCCGGCCGACGCUUCGCGUCGAAGGUCCUGCAUCGCGUAAUGUUCUGCUCGAGCCGUUCGCGCAGCCCGCAGUGAUUCCUUGCGAAGGAUCCGCACCGAGGAAAAUGAGCGGCGAAUAAGGAGGUCCCCCGAAUCGAACAACGUGGCCGUCGGAUCGGCGAUCCCGUGAGCGUCGGCGUCCAUUCUAUCUCUGGUCGCGAGCGCGAAACGGGCAGGACGUCACCACGGUGGAGGGCGGCGGCGUUGUGCGUGGGGUCAAGGUGGACCCCGGAGAUGAUGCCAUGAUGGCUUACGGUGGCACCGCUGGCAACGGGGGCGCGAUGGGCCCGUCGUCCGGCGGCGGCGGCGGCGCGGACGUUCUGUGCACCGCCGCCGGCGACUACAGUCCCCAGAGCACGCCCACGCCCUUGACCGGGCACUCUACGACGGGCGGCUCGGUGGAAACCGCCUACACGCCCGGUACGACCGGGGCUGCGAGCUACAGUCCACAGGACAGCCCGGCGAGCUCCGCCGGGGGCAGCGGCAACGGUCAGCUGCCAAGUUUCGGAUUCACGCAGGAGCAAGUCGCCUGUGUCUGCGAGGCGAUGGUGUCGAAUGUCCAGGUUCUUCAGCAGGCAGGCUCUGUGGAGAGGCUAAGCAGAUUUCUCUGGUCUCUACCGGCGUGCACCAGGUUGCACCGGCACGAGAGCGUGCUCAAGGCUAAGGCGAUCGUUGCCUUCCAUCGGGGCCAAUUCAAGGAGCUCUACAGGAUCCUGGAGAGCCACACCUUCAGCCCGAACAAUCAUCCGAAGCUGCAAACUCUCUGGCUCAAGGCUCACUACAUUGAGGCAGAGAGGUUGCGUGGAAGGCCCCUCGGCGCAGUCGGAAAGUACCGAGUACGACGUAAAUUUCCGCUACCGCGCACGAUUUGGGACGGCGAGGAGACGUCUUACUGCUUCAAGGAGAAAUCCAGGAGCGUUCUGAGGGAUUGGUACGCAACCAAUCCGUAUCCAUCGCCGCGCGAGAAACGAGAAUUGGCGGAGAGUACCGGCCUCACCACCACGCAGGUCAGCAAUUGGUUCAAAAACCGAAGGCAGAGAGACCGGGCCGCCGAGCAUAGUGGCCAAAGAGAGGACAAGACCCACGGCGGGGGUCUCGGGGACUCCAGCAGCGAGAGCGGCGACGAGACGAAGCGGCAGUCCGGUCAGCAGCAGCAGCAACAGCAACAGCCGUCCUCGUGCGCCGUUCAGCAGCAGCAACAGCAGCAACAGAUGGUGGACCAUCAGCAAACCUCCGGCAUGUACCAGCUGCCGCCACCGGUCUCGGUCUCCAGCCCGCACUCGUAUCACCAGGGUCACGGCUCGUCCUUGAGCCACCCCCACAUGCAGCAUCACGACACGAGCAGCGAGAGCGGCGACGACAAGAGGAAUCUCCACCUUCAGCUGCAGCAUCAUCUUCAGGUCGGCGCCCACGGCACUCACGGCCUCGUGCAUCCCACCGCUACCUUGCCACCACCGCCGCCCAGUUGCGCUCAGCAGAAGAGCCAGCUGGAUUACAUGCAGUACUACAGUCCGCAGGACUAUCUAAUCGGCACGCCGACUUCCGCGGAUCUGCAGAAGUCCUUGCCGCACACGGCGACGUCGAUGCAAAUGGGCGCGAUCGCGCCCUCCAUGGGCGGGCUGAGCCCAAUGGGACCUUCGACAAUGCUGUCCAACACCAUGCAGGGCGUCAACACCAUGAACACCAUGUCGAUGAACGGCAUGGGCAUGGGCGCUUACCAGGGCAUGGGCUCAAUGGGGAUGUCCACCUCGCACGCGAGUUACCACAGCGGCCUCGUGCUGGGCGAAUACCAUUCCUUGUGACCUUGGGCCCCAAGCACUCAGACCAAGAGGAGCCAGGAGAAGACUUAAUGCACAUCGGCGCCACGCGCGAGACUUCCGGCCGAUCAAGGUACUCAAAUGGUUUACUGCCGAGAUUUGGAUCGUUAAUAAAUUAUUAUCGCCGAAGAAAAAAAAUGAGACGUAUAAAUUUUGCUCGUUACAUCGAGAACGCAAAAUAUUAUUUGAGGAAUAGAGUGAAUCGAUGGCCGAUGAAAAUUAUAGCAACGCAGCGAACGAUAUCGGCUUGUCGAACUCGGGUUGCUAAACAAUGUGAAUGUCGCUCGAAUUGAAAAUAUCGCGCCGAUAAUUUCUUGACGAUCCAGCGACGCCCAGAUAAACAGGGAGGAAAAUUCUCCGCGGAUUUCAUCGUCGCGUCCUCCCGGAGAUUUCCUCGGUGGGUGUUUUAGACGUGUAAUGAAGAGCGUCAUAUAGCUGUCUGUCAAACCGUCGGCGUACGUCUCGGCAUUCAUUUUUUAUUUUUGUAAAAGAACAAUUUUUUUACGACAGAA